AUGUCCGAACUUAGGUAUCGCGAUAUCAAAGUGUCUUCUUUCGAUCUUCGUCCUCGCCAAGUAAUUGAUCCCCUCAAGAUCUCCUCGGACAAUGCACGAACCUGUGCAGAAUCACCCAUCUCGGAUGAUAUCCAGGAUGGAAUUGACGCCGGCGUCCACUUUCCCCAUCAACGUUGCACACAGAAGGCCAACAUGUCGAGUGCCCUGGAGGUUCAACACAAGGCCACGAUGUUCGUGCGCUUAUGUAUUCAGUGUUCAAGCUUGGCGCUCUUGUACUACGACUACGCCAUCACCUGGCCGCGCGAAGUCCAACAUAUCUGGAUGCGCAAGUUCUCUUUCGGUACCGCCCUGUACUUCACAUGUCGUUAUGGGAUGGUGUCGAACGUCAUCUAUGCCCUUGCGCUAACAGAGAAGCUUCCAAUGAUGAGGGACUGUGCUUGUGUUGGAAACAGUGAGAUUAUCCUGCUCUGUGAUCAGGGAUAUCGGCUGGCUGCCAUAGUUGCAUGCAUCGGGAGGAUAGCUAUUGUUCUGGUUUGGGGUCUCAGGACAUAUGCCAUCUCUAACCGGAACAUAUGCGUCUUGACCAUAUUUGGGCUAUUUGGAUCAUCUGUUAUCGGUCUCGCUAUCCUGCAUGUCCCAUAUGCCGCGUGUCACGGCUAUCGAGGGAAUCCUCCAGGUACGCAGGAGACCAUGGACGUUGGCUUUAGUUUCAAGCUUUUCCUUGCGAUUCAGUCCUCAGUUAGCGUCGCCCGCGUGUUGUUCGCAGGUCUAUUAUAUUUCGCCUCCGUGACAGUUCUUACGAUCUGCACAGUGGUCCUUCAGCAUGCUGCUCCAGUUGCGUGUCAUGGUCGUACAACGCCAUUCUCUGUUGCCCUGAUACAAUCCUUACAGGAAGGAUUCUUCAUCCAACGGCUACUAAAUGCACACACACUCCCGCUCUCCGGUCUCAUGACCGCGCGCUUCCUCCUCCACCUUCGCGUUUGGAGCCACCGUCGAUGCACAAACUCGUUUGUGGAGACUCCUAGUUUGGGUUUGUUCAAGAAUAUCGAGGCUGAUGCGCAGCCGGGAUAUUCGGCCAGGGCCAGUUUCAUCAUGCACUCGAUAGUGGACGAGUUCGGGGAGGAUCCCGUGGCGCAGGCUCAUCGACAAGCUGUCUCGACAGGCGGUGUGGAGGAUAUUGAACUCUAUGACGAUGAGACCUAUGACGGCCUCCCCAAUCUCAAACACGCCCGACACCUACUAGAGGUUCUUGCCCGUUGUCUUGACCAACUAAACACCCGCUUCUGCCACCUCCAACCUCUCCGCACGCUUGGCAAACUAUUAGGCAUGCACAUCCUUCAAUUUCUUGCUUCGUUCGCAGCCCUCUCCACGCUGGCUAACGCGCACCCUGGCGGAGAAGAAUUGAUGGAGAGGGACGAAUUUAGAGCUCGUUCGCUCCAAGCUCGCAGCUGUUCCUCCCAAAUAGCCCGAUUUGUCGACAUGCGCAGAGCCCUCCGCGAACCGAGGCCCCUUAGGAGAGGCAGCGGAGGUCAAGAUAGAGAUAACGAUGAUGACAAUCACAGUGGGGGCCGAUACACUGACAUACAGAAUUUCACUUGCGUUACGGCGCCAGAGGUCACCGAGGGCCCGUACUACGUCGGGAAUGAGUACGUUCGGAACGAUCUUCGCGAGAACCAGCAAGGUGUAACGCUCAUCCUCGACAUCGGCGUCAUCGAUACGACCACCUGCCAACCUUUCCAAAACGCCUUCGUCGACCUUUGGGCAGCGAAUUCCACGGGCUUCUAUGGCGGGUACCAGGGUGGGAACAUUCACCAGGAUACCUGGCUGCGCGGUGGCGAGUUCACAAACACCCGCGGGAUGGUCGAGAUCACGACUAUCUUCCCUGGGUUCUACGUGAAUCGGACGGCGCAUGUGCAUAUUAUGGUACAUAAGGGCUCGGAGGCGAGGCCGAACGGGACAAUCAUCUCGAGCUCUGGGACAACCACACAUAUCGGGCAAUUCUUCUUCGACGAAAGCUGGAACGACCAGGUCUACGCUACGCAUCCGUACAACACCAACACGCAGGGCCGUACGUUGAAUAGUCAGGAUUGGUUUAUUGGGAGUGCAGAGGGACAGGGAUUCGUCCACAUGCAAUACCUCGGAAAUUCGCUCGAUGACGGCCUUCUGGGCUAUAUUACCGUCGCCGUUGACGGCUCCAAGAACUACACGGUGCAAGGGAAGAACGAACUUUAG